AUGGCCGUGCAGAAGCGAAAUAUGGGUACAGCUAGCGCAAAUCUGAUUACUCGGCAGUCCAUUAACGACGAAGAGCUGGUAAGCGCCUGUCUGAUCACUCAUUCAUUAUCCGUUCUGUCUAUUUCCAAUUCUUUCUCUGAUUUUAUCUGUCCGACUCUCUAUUUAUCUCUGCUCUGUUCAACAAAUUUCAAUAUGAAUUUGCCCCAUAUUAUCUUCUUUAAAUUUGUCUCUUUGAUCUUCACGCAGAAACAACAUGUGUACAAGAAAACGUUACAAGCCCUAUUGUACCCAAUAUCCAGCAAUACGCCCCACAAAUUUCAAGUAUGGUCAGCUACCAGCCCGACUUACUGUUAUGAGUGCGAGGGCCUGCUCUGGGGUUUGGCACGGCAAGGUUUGCGUUGUACGGAAUGUGGAGUGAAGUGUCACGAUAAGUGUCGUGAACUGCUCAAUGCGGAUUGUCUUCAAAGAGCGGCGGAAAAAUCAUCCAAACAAGGGGCCGAGGAUAAGGCACAGAGUAUUAUUCAGGCUAUGACUGCUCUGAUGCGUCAGCGGAUCAGCGAAAUGCCAGAAAUGUUCGAUCUUGUGGGUGAUGUGUUUAAAGUGGACAAGAAGACACAUGAACGGAAUCUAACCCAAGCGCAACAGAGUAUCUUAGAUGGGACCAGUAAAUGGUCAGCGAAAAUUGCAAUCACAGUCAAAUGUGCCCAAGGUCUGAUCGGGAAAGACAAGACGGGCACCAGUGAUCCGUAUGUGACUGUGCAAGUGGGCAAAGUUAAGAAACGGACGAAAACCGUUCCCCAGGAACUUAACCCUGUUUGGAACGAGAAGUUCUAUUUUGAAUGUCACAAUGCCUCUGAUCGAAUCAAAAUACGUGUAUGGGACGAGGAUUACGACUUGAAAUCGAAAAUUCGUCAGAAACUUACCCGUGAAUCCGACGACUUCCUCGGCCAAACAAUCAUUGAAGUGCGCACACUAAGCGGUGAAAUGGACGUCUGGUACAAUUUGGAAAAAAGGACCGACAAAAGUGCGGUUUCUGGCGCGAUUCGCCUUUUCAUUUCUGUGGAAAUAAAAGGUGAAGAAAAGGUUGCUCCGUAUCAUGUUCAGUACACGUGUCUUCACGAGGUGAGAGAAGCGGAAGUCAAAAUCCCGGAUGCUACCGGAGAUGAAAGUUGGAAAGUCUACUUCGAUCAUCCAGCCCAGGAGAUUGUGACUGAAUUCGCCAUUCGCUAUGGAGUAGAGUCCAUAUAUGAGGCCAUGACGCAUUUCUCAUGUUUGACUACCAAAUAUAUGUGUACCGGCGUUCCAGCUAUCAUGUCAAGUUUGCUGGCCAACAUAAACGCGUUCUACGCGCACACAUCAGCCUCGAGCAAUCAGUCGGCUUCCGAGCGGUUCAGUGCAAGCAAUUUCGGGAAAGAAAAAUUUGUAAAGUUGCUCGACCAAUUGCACAACUCAUUGCGAAUAAGCCUGUCCAUGUAUCGCAAUUCGUUUCCGGCUUCCCAACCGGAUAAACUCCAAGACCUGAAGUCUACAGUCGAUUUGCUUACUAGCAUCACAUUCUUUCGUAUGAAAGUCCAAGAAUUAACCAGUCCACCGCGAGCAAGUCAAGUGGUCAAGGAAUGUGCACGGGCGUGUAUGCAAACCACGUACCAGUUUAUCUACGAAAAUGUCAAUGAAGUGUAUGCAAAACAGUUCCAGUCACUGGAGUUCUGGCAUCGGCUUAUCGCUCUUUUGGUUUCUGUUAUUGACGAGGACAAGACCACUUAUGCGGCUGUCAUAAACCAGUUUCCGCAAGAAGUCAAUAUGGGACACAUCAGUGCUGUUUGUAUGUGGGAAAGGUUGUCGGAUGAUAUGCGCAUUGCUUUGGAAGUACACGCUAAAACUGAAACGCGCUAUUGUAAAUCUUCUGACUAUAUGAAUUUGUGCUUCAAAUUGAAAUGGUUUUAUAAUAAACACGUGGCUGUGGUUCCCAGUAUGCAGAGCACCGUACCGGAGUACCCAAGAUGGUUUGAGCCAUUUGUCAUGCAGUGGUUAAACGAAAAUGAUGAGGUCUCUAUGGAUUUUCUUCGUAACGCGUACGAACGAGACAAGCGGGACGGAUUUCAACGCUCGAGUGAACACGCUUUGUUCUCAAACUCGGUAGUCGAUGUGUUCACUCAGUUGAAUCAGUGUUUUGAUGUGAUCAAAAAGCUGGAAUGCCCGGACGCUGCCGUUCAGGAAAGGUUUUUGAACAGAUUUUCUCGGACUGUGAGUAAAGUGCUACUCACCUACGCAGAAAUUGUCAAGGCGGAUUUUCGACGAUGGGUCGGACAACAGGAAAAAGCUUGUAUCAUAAUGAACAACAUACAGCAACUACGUGUUCAGUUGGAGAAAGUAUUCGAAGCCAUGGGUGGAAGUAGUCUAUCUGAGGACACUAUGACAGCCAUGAACGAUUUGCAACAGAUGCUUCACUUGGUCAUCGACGAUUUGGCAGCUCAGUACGCACAAGAGCUGCAAGGACAAAUUGUGGUGAAAAUCAAAGAGUUGAGCAAAUUGUUGCACCAGUGUUCGCCCACUUCGAAGACGAAUGUGGAGGUCGAGGCCGAGCACAUUCUACAUCCGCUGAUGGAUCAUUACGAAUCCACACUGUCAGCUCUGGCGGACUUGUGUGAGAAAACUGUGCUCAAGCGGUUGCUUAAAGAAUUGUGGAAAGUCACGAUGCACACACUUGAAAAGCAGGUUGUCCUUCCCACUGUGGCUGAUCCUCGAGCGGUAUGUCUUCUGUCAUCUGAUGACGCUGGUCUGCCCGAACGCAAUCUGACUCCGCGACAUUGUCAAAUUCUGGAUAUUGCCCUGGAUGCUAUCAAAAACUACUUCCAUGCCGGUGGAUCUGGAUUAAAGAACACUUACUUAGACAAAUCACCGGAACUGCAAUCCUUGCGUUAUGCCCUAUCUUUUAUUCCAACUUUAAAUCAUAUUUUGUUCAUGAUUGCUGCAAACAACUUAAAAUGGGCUACCACUGGAACCUUCCGGCCGUUUGUGGAAGUCGUUUUGGUGGGGCCGCUGUUGGCGGAGAAGAAACACCGGUUUGCCACGAAAUCAAAGAAUAAUGUGUGGUCACCAAAGUUCAAUGAGACAUUUGUUUUUCUACUUGGAGCUGGAUCAGACCCGGAAUCGUACGAGUUGCAUUUAUGUGCUAAGGAUUACUGCUUUGGCCGUGCUGAUCGCCUGAUUGGUUUAACUGUACUACAGCUGCCGGGAUCCCGAAGUGGUGGAGCAGGCGCUGGUAGCGGUGCUUGCGCUUGUCUCUGCAGUCUUGGAAAACGAUUGCACCUGGAUGAUACAGGUUGGACCAUCCUACGUAUAUUGUCUCAAAGACCUCAAGAUGAGAUUGCUCGCGAGUUUGUUCGUCUCAAAUCGGAAGUAAGAAGUCCAAAUGAGGCGAGUGCACCUUCAGCCGGAUCCGUGCCAUCUACUCCCAGAAGCAGAUGA